UCAUCAUUCUACUAGACGUGGCUUUCAUUUUUAACUUGUUAUUAAUAAUACUUUAGUAAAUUUUAAAAUGGAUUGCCAAAUCAAAUUAUCAUUAUUAUUAUCAAUUGUUUGCCAUUUAUUCACUUAUAGUAAUAGUUUUGUAAUAACUGUUGAUGCACAUACGGAAGAGUGCUUUUUUGAGCAAGCUGAUGCUGGAACUAAAUUAGGAUUAACAUUUGAAGUUAUUGAUGGAGGUUUCAUGGAUAUAGAUGUAAAAAUAACAGGUCCUCAACAAAAUAUUAUCUAUAAUGGAGAAAGCGAAUCUUCCGGCAAAUAUACUUUCGCAGCUCAUACAACUGGAAUUUAUACAGCCUGCUUUGGAAAUUUAAAAUCUACUAUGACUCCUAAAGUAGUUAUGUUUUCGAUAGAAGUUGGUGAUGCUCCACGUCCAACAGCUGGUGCUCCAGAUAAAGAUGAAAUUGGUCACACAAAACUUGAAGAUAUGAUCCGAGAAUUAUCUGGAACUUUAACAAGUGUCAAGCACGAACAAGAAUAUAUGCAUGUGCGCGAUAAAAUUCAUAGAACCAUUAAUGAAAGUACAAACUCUCGUGUUGUGAUGUGGUCAACUUUUGAGGCUUUAGUUCUCGUAGUUAUGACUGUAGGUCAAGUUUAUUACUUGAAAAGAUUUUUCGAAGUCAAGCGAGUUGUCUAAAUUGAAAUUUAAUAAAUUUUGUAGGUACCAUUAACAUCUAAUUUUGUUUAGGAAUAUGUCCAAAUUUAUGUAUUACUUCUCUCAAAAAGUUAAAAAUACAAAUUUAAAAAUUG